ACGGUCUAGAUUAUGGAGGCUAUAGUGUGUAAACAUGAGAUUAACUGGACGAAGAUGACCACCAUCAAUUACCCCCAGAAAGAACAAAGUUCUAUUGAUGCACGUCUGGCCAAACUGUCAGCUGCCAUACAGGCAGGUGAUGAACCACUAGCCAAGGAGAUUGUGCAGGAGUUAACUGAACUCAAAUUGAAAUUAGACAUUCAUUUAAAUAAGGAAGACUCUGAGCAGAGAUGUAAAGAAAAAGAAUUCAGUGUGAGGGUCCAUAUAGAGGACAGAGUUUCAGAUGGAUGCUACAUUAAUUUAAUGGUCAAAGCCUGUGACACAAUUGAGGAUUUAAAGAAGAAGGUAUUUCUGAAGUUUAACUUCCCUAUAGAGGUGCAAAGAUGGAUCAUAGGUAAAAAAAUCUUCCAAGACAAAGAUAAGCUCGGACAAUGUGGGGUUAAAGGACCUGGACACACCAUCUAUUUAUACCUGGUCACAGCUAGGUCAGUUGGUCUCAUCAGGAAAGAUGAGCCUUUUCAGCAAGCCAUGAGUGAGUUUUUACAGGCUAGUAAUAUAAGGGAGAUUUUUCUUAUUUUUGUUACAAACAAACUUGAUGAAUACUUGACUUUAGGUGAACAUGGUUUGUGGCCCCAAGCUGAGCUGCAGUCAAGGCUCUCAAGUCAUUCUCCAGUCAGUCAAUAUUUAGCUCAGGGCCCAGGGGAAGAUCUCACUUCUAUGCUUGGGAGACAAGGAUCCAAAAAAUCUCUUAGCAGUGGAUCCCCAUCUUUUGUACAGAUCCCAGACUACUUAGCCAACUCCUCACCAGUCCCACAACAAACUGACAGGGGCAGACCCAAAUCUGUUGGCGCUGAAAUUGUGGCACCAAGCGAGGCUGGCCCUGAGAGAAGAGGAGGUCAAAGGUCACGGACACCUUCCACAACACCACCCAGGACACCACCAGUGGAGAGUGGGAAAAAUGAGUUUUCAUCAGCUGGUUGGCAGUGUGAAACUUGUACACUGAUUAACCUCCCACUGCGGCCUGGCUGUGAGGCCUGUGCUGCGCCACGCCCUGCCACCUACAGGGUGCCGGCAGGGUACCAGAUGACCAGUGAGGAACAGCUCAUGUUUGAAGCUGCCCGCAGAUCAGAACAAAUGACCCGUGAGGAGACAACAGCUGGGUCUAGCCAACAACCCCAGACCCGGGGUCAAAGAGGCAGCCAGUCAGCCAUGGAACGAGACCAGCAGGAACUGAAUCGGGCCUUGCAAUCUUACAACCUAAUGAACCCUGAUGAGGAGAACAACGAGAUAUUGCCCACACAGCUUGUGGUUGUUCCCGGAGGAGCUGACUGGAACAAUAUCCGAGAAGUUGGUGGAAUUCCACCAGAGCAGGCUAGGCCCAGCGCCAGCAGGGUUGGGAUGGGACUUAUGUCGGCACUGUCCAACUAUUUUCCCUCCUCUGUUGUGUACACUCCACCUAAAAGAGAAUCCCAUUUUCCAAGAUUUCCUUCUCCACCUCAAGCGAGGGUGUCCAGUGAAAAUUCUGAAGAAACGGCUUCAGAUGAGGAAAACUCUAAUGCAGAAGAGGAAACAGUGCGGUUGAACUUCCUGAGGUUAAAAGAAGUGAAUAACCUUGACCUUGUCUCUAACCUUGAUGACUUCACCUGCCCGAUAUGUUUUGAGGAGAUCACUGCAGGUGAAGGUAUCAUGCUGCGGGAUUGUCUGCACACCUUUUGCAGGGAAUGUCUGACUGAAGCUGUGCGGCACUGUGAGGAUGCUGUGGUCAGAUGUCCUUUCCAAGAUGCCAUCUACUCGUGUGAGUCUGUGCUACAGGAGAGGGAGAUCAAAGCUUUGGUGCCACAAGACCUGUACCUGAAGUUCCUGAAGCGUGGCCUGGACCAAGCAGAGUCUCAGACACCAAACGCUUACCACUGUAAGACCACAGACUGCCCAGGCUGGUGCGUCUAUGAGGACCUGGUCAACUUCUUCAAGUGUCUGGUCUGUAACAAGGAAAAUUGCCUCACCUGCAAGGCAAUUCAUGAGAACCAAAAUUGCAAGCAGUACCAGGAUGGGUUGAAAUCCCGCUCUCGCAAUGAUAUAGAAGCCAAGCAGACGCAACGCAUGUUGGAGAAAAUGGUGGAAGAUGGGGAGGCCAUGCAUUGCCCCCAGUGUUUAAUUAUUGUGCAGAAGAAAGGGGGCUGUGACUGGAUCAAGUGUUCAAUCUGUAAAACUGAAAUAUGUUGGGUCACCAAAGGACCACGAUGGGGCCCUCUUGGUGAAGGAGACACAAGUGGUGGCUGCAUGUGUCGAAUCAAUGGUAAAAAAUGUCACCCAUUGUGCAUUAACUGUCACUGAGAAAAAAUGUCACCUGCAUUUAACUGUCACUGAGAAAAAAUAUCACCUGCAUUUAACUGUCACUGAGAAAGAAAUGUCACCUGCAUUUAAUGUCAGAGAAAAAUGUUGCCUGCAUUUAACUGUCAUUGAGAAAAAAACUCGCCUAGCAGGCAGCAUUUUUCUAGCAGUCUCCAGGCCUUGAAAGAAGUUGAUUGUUAGUGUAAUUUCAUCCAUCUGGUCAGUUCAUCAGCUGACUACACAGUGUUUUGAUCCUAUUUUUGUCCAGCUAACAUCCAUGACACAGUGGUGUUUAUUCUUGUGGAGCCAUUGAGCAGCCAUUAGUAGGAUAAUCAAUAUUUAA